AUGGGCUAUAAGAGGCAUUUAGCAGUACAGACUGUUAAGUUACCUCUUAAAUACCCGUCAUCACUGGUUAAGUACACUCCCAAUGAACAAUUUCAUAGACAGCUAGCUAGCACAGGUGACAUAAUCAAUUUGAGUAAAAUAAACUCUUCGUUCGUUGAUCACAUUUCAUACCUGGUUUUAAAUGAUAUGAAGACGAUUUUUUUCACACCCUUGAAUUGGCAAGUGAAUAAUUUUAAUUUGAAAUUUCAAAGCUUACAACUAGUAUUACCUCAUGAGAUCAAGUCAAAUCACUGUAUCAGCGUUCAUUACGAAAUGCUGGAGACAGAAGAUGAUGGAUGGUUGAUUGUUGAUUUGAUUGAUGAGAAUUAUUUAUUUAUAACGUUGAGAAUAGCAUUAAAUGACUUCAUAGUAGAAGAUAGCAAGAAAGCCAAGUUCUCUUUAAGCAAUUUUGAUCAAUGGGGGAGAAUAUCAAUACCAUAUUCAUUCGAAUUAAGAUCUGCACCAUCGUUUAUGAAAGCGAUUGACUCACUUAACAUAAUUAUUUCUUUAAAAGACGGUGGGUUAUUACAUUUACAGAGAUCAGACCAUUUGAAGGAUUUUACAGUUCAUAACUUCAGCGAUCCAACGUCAUUAUUACCAUUAAAUUUUGUAAGCAGCUUGUUCAAAAGAGAUGCAUCGAGUCAUGAUAUUGUUUUGGAUGGUGUCUCUUCUAAUUCACUUGUGGACUUAGUAGCUGUCAACAAUAGUAUACUUAUAACGUUGACUGUCGACAAAGUGUUAAAAUUCUGGAAUCUAGAAAAUCAUCAACAAGCACGCAGUCCAAUAGAUUUGAAAGAUGAUAAGUCGGGAACAAGAGUUAAUUCUGCCUGGUUAAGCUCGGUAUCUUCCCGAUACUUGCAAAUUGUUGAAAGUGAAUCAUCAGGUAACACUUAUUUGACAUGUCAUUAUACGACUACCUCUAAUAGUUUGAAGCAAGAUUAUAAUCAAUUGGGUUUUCUUUUCAAAGCGUGGGAGAUUUUAGAUCAUAAAACUCAAAUAGAAUUGGUCUCAUUAGAUCGUGUAACAUUCCAACCUCAGUUGCCAGAUUUGCUUAUUUCCACCCUGGGAGAUGACAAUACAAAGUUUUAUAAUUCAUUAUGGUUUGUUCAAGAUUUUAGAUGUGAAAGUCGUGGUGAUUACUUGAACUAUCAUGUUUUAUGGAAAUCAAAUACAUCUUCAAUCCUUGUGACCUACAAAAUACAUUUUAAUAAUGGUGCAGUAUCUUCAAUAAAUUGGUCACAACCAAGCAACUCGAGUGCAUUGUCUGAUUCUGCUUCGUAUCAUGAUAUUGAUUUCUACACUAACAAGAUUUUGAAUUCUGAAAAUUAUGAUGAUUUGAUUAUUACAACUUCCCUAAAUAUUUUCAGAGAACAUGUAGGUCUUGAAAACGUUAGGUACAAUAGUCCCAUCAGACAAAAUGUUAUUGAAACUAUUAAUAAAGCUGUAAAUGAAUAUCAAGAUCACAAGUCUUGUUGGUAUAAAUUGGACUGUUUAUGUGAAGAACUUAAAAAAGUAGGCGAAGAAUCGCUAGCAUUAUGCAUUACCAAUAAGUCAACUAUAUUGACCUUGAACAUCAAUAAUAUCAGUGUAUUCAGGCAUUCGCAUUACUAUGAAGGAUUCUUUCAUCAUAAACCAUCUUCCAGUGAAGGUAAAUUGGCAGCAAUAUUAGAACGGUUAUCUGUAAUUUUAUCGCCAAAAACAUAUAAUAAAAUUUAUAAUGGUGUUUUAAAUCUUGAAGCUUCAAAAAUGACAGCUGAUGAUGCAACUAAAUUAUAUGAUACUGUUCUUAAUAAUAAGAUUUCAACGGAUGAAAUCUCUCUGAUUAUGGCUGAACUAGAAAGUAUUCCUGAUGUCCUCGAUACUAUUUCAUCGCUUGUUGAUUCACGCAUCAAGCCAGAUGAGCUUGAUGAAAGUAUAAAUGCAAGAAAAUUAAAUACAUCAGCCACUAUUGGUACUUUAACUAAGUUGGAUACAUUGGUAACUUUUAGAAAUAUCAAGCGUCACCACGAAUCAAUUUUAUUGAGCUUGGUCGUCUUAUUUUUAAUUUGUGAAGUGAAUGAACAAAUCUUGCUUUUGCUUAAUAAAUUGAUUCAAAGUUUAUCCAGCUACGGUAUUAUUGAUUGUGUUUUCAACACUUGCUUUGAAUCAGAUAAUAUACACACUAAAGUUGAAUCAGCAGACCUUAGUAACUCUGAGAAUUCGUUAUUUUGGAUGGGAUUGGCUAAUAAAAACCCCAAACUCAAUUAUUUGAUUAGAGAAGGUAAACUAAUUGAGAGUUACGAUUAUUUUUAUGGUCAUGUUAUUUCAUCGUAUGAUAGAUUUAUUCUCGAUAUUAUUAUAGAAUUGAUUAACCAUGGUGAAGGCUUAUUAAUUAAAGAGAAAUUCUUCACAAAAUUAAAUCAAUCAAAGAUUAUCGACAAAUUUUUGAUUGGCUUGGUUUACUUGAUCAACAAUGAGCCAUUGGAGUUUUUUCUGAUAUUUGAAAAGCAUGAUUUUUUUAAAUUUAACGAUGAUUCUAUUAAAGAAGAUUUGAAGAAUAAAUUUCUCAAUUCGUUGUCAAUUAACCCACGUAUAAAAUCGUUUCUUACCACAAUAUUUUUGAGCGAAUAUGAUGAUAAAGAAAGUGAAUUAGAAAAGGCAAACUAUUUCCAUGCCUUAUCGGAAUUAUCAAAAUCACAAGGCAAAGAUAUUCGUCAUCGUUCGCACCACCGCCAAAAGUUUAUAACUCCAGCUGCAAACACUAUAAAUUCAGUAACAUUAGCCCACAGUUCGUCGUUUACUGUUGAAAUGGAAUUUAUAAAUAAUGCAUUGAAAUUUGAAAAAAUCGCGGUUGAAAACUUGAAGCGAAUUAAUAACCCAAACGAAGAGAUUAUCUUGAAUAUUGAUCAGUACUAUCUCAAUAUAUUUGAGAUGGCACUUAGUUCAUUGAACUAUGAUUUAGUGUAUGAGUGCUUAUCAAAUUUGCCCUCUACCAAAGUCUCAACUAUAUUCGACUACAAGGAUCUACUUAGUAGGUUCAUAAACAACUUAAUGUCAAACCAACGUAUAUCAAUUAUUUUUUCACCAAAUUCAAAUGAGUUGUAUUCCAAACAUUAUUUAUUAAUUGAUUCUAUAUUAUUGGAAACUGCUAACAAUGAAUUAGCAUUGGCUAAUUCUCUUAAGUGUUACGAAUAUCUUUAUACGUGGAGACUUUUCGGGCCAACAUCUACAUUAAACUCAAGUCAUUUGGCCGACAAAAGAGGAGCAGCUGAAUCGUUGUACAUGUUUAUUACGAGAUUUAAACAUGAACAAAAGAAUUUGCUCACCAACUCUGCCACAGUUGUCGAAGAUAUCAAACAAUAUAAAUUAAAAAUUUUAGAAUUAUACAUGAUAAUUCUCAAUUGUUUAAAAAGCUUCGAUGAUGAUGAAGAUAAGUGGAUCAUAAGAUCAAAAAGCAUUGAUUCUUUAUCGGUGAUUAAAUUGGAUGAAAUAAAUUUAGAAUACUACGAAUGGUUAAGAGAAUUGGAAGACGAUUUAAAUUAA